UAUUUUAUCUUUGGUGCACAUUUAUAAUCGGUAACCAGGCUGGAAGGCACUGUACACGAGUGUCAAUUGACAGGUGACGUAGAAGCUGCGGUGUCGGGCUGUACUGUAGUAGUGUGUGGUUGGCGGAAAGGAGGGACCUUGAAUAUCUUGCAUUGCUGAGAAAACUCAAACUGUUUUCACUAUGGUUAGCAAUAGUAACGGAUAAAUUGUAAUUCGGAACAGUGUUGUGUUGUACUGCAGUGCAAGUUUCGUUCGUUUAAAGAAAAAACUUUUAUUUCUGUAAAAUGCGUCUGUUUUCGAAUGGAAAAGAUGCAGGACAGGUUUUGCUGUUCAACUGCAUAUGUUUUAUAAUGUGGAGUUCAAACUUUAUUCAGUGCAUGACCAGUAAGAGGAAGAAGGAGUUACGUGAAGAAGCUCGUGAUAUGUUUUAUCAUGGAUAUCAAGCCUACAUGGAAAAUGCCUACCCUGCUGACGAGCUAAUGCCUCUCAGCUGUCAGGGUAGGUGGAGGGGGUCAGAGCACAGCCGUGGAGACAUUGAUGAUGCUCUGGGGAACUUUUCUUUAACCCUUGUAGACUCCUUAGAUACCCUGUUCAUCUUGGGUGACUUUGAUGAGUUUGAACGUGGAGCCAAGCUCAUUUUGAAAGAUGUCCAUUUUGACCAUGAUAUAAUUGUAUCCGUCUUUGAGACAAACAUUCGAAUGCUUGGAGGCCUAUUGUCAGCCCAUGUCCUCUCUGGCUACCUGCAAGAACAUUAUUCCAGGAUGCUGUGGUACAAAGGAGAGCUGCUAAACAUGGCCUUUGAUCUCGGCUACAGGCUUUUGCCUGCUUUCAACACUACAACUGGAAUACCCCAUUCCAAGGUCAAUCUCAAGUAUGGUCUUCGUAGUCAGAAGCUAAGCAACUCAAAAGAGACCUGUACGGCCUGCGCUGGAACCAUGAUCCUCGAGUUUGCUGCUCUAUCCAGACUUUCUGGUGAUCCUAUCUUUGAAGAGAGGGCUCACAAAGCAAUGGAUGCUCUCUGGUCUCUACGGCAUCGCAGCUCGGACCUCAUGGGCACUGUUGUCAACAUUCACAAUGGUGAUUGGACUCGGCGGGAUUCAGGCGUCGGAGCCGGCAUCGAUUCCUACUACGAAUACUGCCUGAAAGCGUAUAUUUUACUGGGUGAUGAACGUUACCUAGAACGUUUCAAUCGACAUUAUACUGCUGUCAUGAAGUACAUCAGCCAGGGCCCUUUACUACUUGAUGUCCAUAUGCAUCGGCCUCACACCAACUCUCGAAAUUUCAUGGAUGCAUUGUUAGCUUUCUGGCCUGGAUUGCAAGUCCUAAAAGGAGAUCUCAAACCCGCUGUCGAAACGCACGAAAUGCUUUAUCAAGUGAUGCAACGGCACAACUUUUUACCCGAAGCAUUUACGACAGAUUUUCAAGUCCAUUGGGGUCAACAUCCACUCCGUCCCGAAUUUGUCGAAUCCACAUACUUUCUAUAUCGAGCUACCGGCGACCCGUAUUACCUUGAAGCCGGGGCCAAGGUGAUGUCCAGCCUCCAGCGCUAUGCCCGCGUGCCAUGUGGCUAUGCCGCCGUAAAAGAUGUUCGCACAAGCCAACACGAAGACCAGAUGGAUUCGUUCGUACUUUCAGAAACCUUCAAGUAUCUUUACUUACUCUUCAGUCACCCAGAGGAUCUGCCACUGCAAGUGGAUGACUUUGUAUUUACGACCGAAGCUCAUUUACUACCGCUAAGUCUUGCCCGGCUUUCCAACUUAACCAGCGUACCUCUACGCAGUUUUGAACAGGAGGAAGAGCGUAAUGCGGUAGAGGAUUUUGACGUCGAACAUGCAAGAUCUUGCCCAAGCAAUCACUACCUUUUCCCUGGCCACCAUGGCUUUGCAGACUCUAUUAGAUGGUCAGAGUCCAUCCGACUACCUUUAAAAAAUAUGGUAGAUAAAGUUUGCCCCACCCGUCGAAGCUUAAAACGAAAGUUGAAAGCCCUGGAUUUCCAGGCUGGCAAUGGGGAACACAUGAAGUUACUUCGUGAUAUGGGAAUCACUGUGGUAGGACUUCCCGAUGGAAGAGUCCAGCUACUUCACAGUUACUCCCAAGCCAAAACAACCGAAGACGCAGAAGAAGGGUUGCUUUUCAUGCAAGAAAUGGUCGAGAUUUCGCGAAGUGCUUCGUCGCAGCCGGACAAUCCACCUCGUAUCGUUUCAUUUCAAAAACGUCAGUCCAGCGGAACCGUUAAAGACGUUGUACUUAAAGCUGGCCCUGCCCAGUUUGGUCUUGAUCUGAAAGCUGAUAUCAAAGUAAUGGCCCGCCUAGCUAUCGGAAAGCCUUUCCGUAUGUGUAAGGAUCCCACUAAUGCACCCGAACUGAGACAAAAGAUUGUCAUCAUCCAAAGAGGAGAUUGCAUGUUUGUCGAAAAGGCUCGUCGACUACAGAAGGCCGGGGCCGUUGGUGGCAUUGUAGUUGAUAACGCUCCUAGUAGUUCAGGAGACGCGGCGCCUCUUUUUGCCAUGUCUGGAGACGGCACAGAGGACGUAAAGAUCCCUCUAGUUUUCCUCUACUCCUCUGAUGCCGAUUUAUUAAUGAAGGCGCUGGAAGAAGAUCCCCAAAUGCAAGUGACUCUAGCCGAAUCCUCGCCCGAUCAAGAUGAAAUUUUCCCACCGAAUGAAAUUCGUGUGGAUGAUAUCGCGUCAAUUCUCCCCACGGCUGCCGAUCUAGCUUCUGACGGUAUGGUCGAGAAACUUCGGAGUGAAGUAAAACGAAUCGUAGUAGAGCGAAUGAAAGAGGAAGCCGAACAACUGAAGAAAUCAACAGACAAUAACGUUGAAAGGGCCAAAGGAACAUUUAUUAUUCGAAUGGAUGAAAAAGGUAGUAUCGUCACGGAAGCUGUCAGUGGCGAUACGGACCAUGCGCAGUUGGAGAGUUUCACUGUAGACGCUGAAGAGAUGGAGAAAUCCGAAAAAGAAGAAGAACAGAAAAAGAUACGAAGAGCCUUUAUUACGUUGUUACGGAUGACAGUGCAUCUUCUCCUGGAGUUGCAAGACGAGCAACAGCCAACAUUAAUUUUAACCUCUUCAGAAAAAACGGUGGACUUGAGUGAUCUAUCUGAUGAUAUCCGCAAUGCUCUGAUGAAAGUAUUCCAAAGCAAUAAGGCUAAUAUCAAUCAUGGUAUUGCUAGAAGAUCCAUCGACGAUGUCUUAUCAAGCUUCCGCGUCCUGUGGCCUGAGAACAUAUUGCCCAGGCGCCAUUUUGGAGAACUAGAGAAGAUUUUGCUUCGGUUAGCCCGUGACCCCUCCGACGGGCAGAGUGGUCUAUCUGGUCACGAACAAUGGGAUAAAGAAAAGGGUGAAAAACUAAUUCAAUUUAUGCGGAGCAUCCGCGGCGAAUUCGCCACCCAUCUACGUCAAUUCUACAGCAAAGUAGCCGACAGGUCCGGCUUGAAUGGUGUUCACGAACCCAAACCCAACCGGACGCCCGACGAAUUGUGAGAGUCUAUGGUAACCCGUUAAUAUAAUUCCUCGGAUCUGGAUCGUCGAUAUAGCUUGACUAUUGUUCAAGUGAAAUAUUUUCUACUUAGAAAUAAAUUUAUUAAGAAGUGUUCACAUUACUAAAUUGUGUAUCGGGACAAUUCAAGAUAGAAGAUAUCUUGACACCUUCAUGUACAGUUUUCGUCUGGUGUUUUGCAUUUGUUAUUUUGUUAUAUUUUAGUCCUUUUUUAAAUUUUGGGUAUGUGAAUAAUUGGUAUCCAUUUGCUAUAGAAUAAAACUGAAUCAUUUGUCGACAACCAGAGAA